GCGCCACCGCCUGGGGACAGGCACGGGCGAGGGCGGGUCCCCUUCCCGGCGUCGGUUCCGGCCCUGCCCUGCAGCCAUGGCCGCCCGACUGCUGCGCGCCGCGGUGCUGGGGCCGCCGGGCUCGGGCAAGGGUACGGUGAGCCAGCGCGUGGCGCACGGCUUCGGCCUGCAGCACCUGUCCAGCGGCCGCCUCCUGCGCGACAGCCUGCGCGCCGGCUCGGAGGUUGGUGACGUGGCCAGGCAGUACCUGGAGAAGGGCCUGCUGGUGCCGGACCACGUGAUCACGCGGCUCAUGAUGUCUGAGCUGGAGCUCAGGAGUGGCCAGCACUGGCUUCUGGACGGGUUCCCGAGGACCAUCGGGCAGGCCGAAGCCCUGGACAGGGUCUGCGACCUGGACCUGGUCAUCAGCCUCAACAUCCCCUUCGAGACCCUGAAGGAUCGGCUCAGUCGGCGCUGGGUCCACCUGCCAAGCGGCCGCGUCUACAACCUGGACUUCAACCCUCCGCUCGUCCCCGGCGUGGACGAUGUCACUGGUGAGCCGCUGGUCCAGCUGGAGGUUGACAGGCCUGAGGCAGUGGCUGCGCAGCUGCGGAGGUACAAAGAUGCCGCAAAACCCGUCAUGGAGCUGUACAGGAGCCGCGGCGUGCUGCACCAGUUCUCUGGGACGGAAACCAACAAGAUCUGGCCCUAUGUGUACUCACUCUUCUCCAGCAAGCUCACGCCACUGCAGUCCCAGGAAGCCAACUGAGGCCCAGGCGGCAGAGGCUGGACCUUGUGGCAGUUUUCUAGGGAACCGUGACCCUGAGGGAGGACAAGCAAGUACGAGGGCCCGCGGAAAGGCCUCCCGACCAGCCUUGUCCUGCCGUCCACCUGUGGCCUGCAGUGAUGUGUCUCAGUUGCCCAGGAGGGCGGCACCGCGCUGCCUGCUCUGUGCUCCGAGCCCCGGGGUCCCCUCUCCCACACCGCAGGACAAGAGGCUUGGCUUCCACCCAGUGAAGACGGACGUCAGCUUUCCUCUUCUCACCCUGCGGUCAGCUAUGGCCGAGAAACAAAGGAUGACCAGCUUUUUCCCUCUCCCCAGUGCUGGGGGUGGAGAUGGGGGUGGGGGCCCAGGAUUGCCCAGCAACGUGCUGAACCUGAAGCGCCUUUGUUUUUGCAUCUGCCACCUCCGACUUGUUCUCCUUUUAUUGUGAAAAUAUUAGAGCUCCAGAGUCCUAGGUUUUUCAGGAACAUGAGAAAUAUGCCCUGUGAUGCUACACAAUCGUGUGUCUACAGAGAGAGGACCUAGAUGGUACGGAAUGCCUGGAUGAGCGGAAGAGUGGAGUUCUUAGUGCAAAAACAGAUGCCGACCGCGUUGCCGGUGCUGCCUCUCCCGUGACGACACAUGCCGCCCGCCUCCUCAGUGCUGGGAUGCAGGCUUGGCGGGGGGCAGCCGUCACGCUGGCCACGGCUUUGCCGCUAUGGGGCAGGCAGUCUUUUCCCUUCCUCCUGUAUUCCAAAGAUGCAGACUGUGCACAGCCACAAGGUCCAUAAAUACAGAUAGGAAUAUUUUGCCAUUCCGCUUUUGGUUAGAUUUUCUGUUCUUGGCGUGGUAGCUGCCUUGAACACCUUGCUGUCUGGGAAGAGCGGUGGAGUUGCCCCUGCUGCCUUAAGAGUGCGUACGGCCCGCCUGCUGUGCCUGCCCCUGGGUGUCCUCUGCUGUCCCCGGGGUGAGUUCCAUGUGGCCCUUUGUACCAGCAAGCAAACACAAAGCCUGCUUCAGCCUCCAGUGGGUGAAUGCGCAGUUCCUUCUGCGGGCGCCUGGUGUCCCACAGUGCCCCGCAUGCCCUCUGCACCCCAGCCUGAACCCCAUGCCCCCCUUGCUCCCUCAUAGGAAUGCACCCUGCCCAACCUCAGGAUUUUUGGAGAACCAGGUGAAAGCAACCUGCGGGCAUCCCAUAGUUCAGUGUUGCCGUGGAGACGGCUUUCAGAACCCAGGAAUAGUAGAAUUCCAGUUUUUUUUGGUGAUUCAGAGAGGGAAGUGUGCCCCCCUUCUUCUAAUGCAAUGAUUGCCUUGGGGGGCUGGGGGGGACACAGCUGGACCCCAGACUGGAUCUACACUCCUCUGUCCUCACUUCCAUCAAAAUGUGAUUGGAGCCUGCUUCUGGCCAGCCAGGGAGUGUCAGCAGCAUCCCCUGGGGCUGCCACAGGCUGAGUGGGUGUGGCCUAAGGAGAAAGGUAUUUCUGGUUUUUCUCAAUAAACUCAUCAGUGUUCUCUUCACAUAAACAUAAUCCAUGAAAAUUAUUAUUACUAUUUUUUUCUGAGACAUAGU